AUGAUACAGCCAGAAAGAGCGGUGGUACACCACUGCAACGACCUAGGUCAAGCUGCGACGGUGGUUCUUCUCAGUGCUCCAACCCACAACGUCGUACUCCAGACUCUCAGGCGACUGUAUGAGUUUCUCGAACAACAUCUAUUCCUCCGUAAUACCGAGCCACAACUAAUAGGCUUCCAUUUGCUGGCCUAA